AUGUACAUUGAAUUAUUGUAUCGAAUUAACCCUCAUAAUGAAACAAUAGAAUAUGUACAAUCGAAUCAAUUGGGCGUACCCGAUAUUAUAGUCAAACAUAUCCUAUCAUUCCUACCACCAACCAAAGACACCAUCAAAAAAGUAUCACGUGUCUGUCGGUACUGGUUCAUCAACAUUGUACCCUAUUCACUCUUUUCCUCUGGUGACAUAGAAUUUACUUCAUCAAAUAUCUUUAUUCUAUUUUAUCAUCAUGUAUUACAAAGUUUAAUUCAAAAAGAUAGUAGAUCUUCUUCAUCUUCUUCAUCCUCCUCUUCAUCCUCUUCAGAUAAUAGACCAAUAAUGAGUUUAAAAUGUACAAGUAUAACAAGUGAUACAAGACAACAAAUGAUGAAAUCGUUAUCAAAGAUGGGAGUGGAAGUGACACCAAGGUAUAUUAAAAGAUUACCUGAACUUUUCAGUAUUGGUUGGAUGUUAAGGUCAGUUUCAUUUUACUUUGCAGACACGAGCCGUGAAAUGUAUAGCAAGGAGAUUGGUGAUGCAUUGGUAUCUCUCAAGCAACUAGAGUCACUCACGGUCGCUGGGUCUCCCGACGACUCUUUAUUGAGGAUGGCCUGUCGUCUAACCUUUGACAUGCGUCGUUAA